CCGGACCCGAAAGGGGAAAAACGCUGCUGGUGCUGGGUUGCCUCCAAAACCCUCUGCAAAACCCCUCACCAGUUUUCUUUCCUACUCGAGUGUGCCUGAAUGUUGUUCUCCAGUGAUAAUCGGACUUGGAUUCCUCUCUUCUGAGCAAGCGGACGGGACUGUACGGGAAAGGAGACUGGAAUCGCCAGAAUGGCUUCAAGAGUCACUUCAAGAGACGUUCAGGAGAUCGUCUCCAAGCUUUCUUCCGAGAAGGCCAAGGCUCGUGAUGAAGGGAUUAAAUUGUUGCAGACAUGGCUAGAAGGCGAGAGAUCGUUUGGAUUUUGUAGAUAUUUAUCCGAGAAAUCUUCAGUGCUUAAAGCUAAUGAAAUUCCACAUUCUGAGACUUGGGCUUUUCUUGUCAAAAUUUUAAUACAAUGCUUGAAGCUGGAGAUUUCCUCAAGCAAGAAGCGAUUACCGAAGCUAAUUUUUGCCAAGACCUUUCGGAUUGUUGUUCAACGAGCUCAGGUUGAUAGGUCAUCAGGCAAUAGUUUGCCUCUCGCACCUGUGGCUAGGUUUCUCUUCAAUCAUCUGUGGGAUGUCCUCAAGGAUGUUCCGAGCUUUCAAUCUGAGUAUGGUGUUAUCCUGAGGCAUCUUUUGGCUGUCCCAGAUUACAGAUUCCACAUGCGGAGACGAGUUUAUUCGAAUCUUGUUAUCCUAUACAUGGAAAAGGUGGAAACAAGCUUUAGUGCAGAAAUCAUUGGCCAAUCAAAUCCUAAAGAAGAGGUAUUCCGUCAUACCUUAACAUUUCAGUCUCUUCUUGAAAAUCCACCUGGAGAUAUCCCCAAUGAACUCCGAGAAGAUAUGAUUAUGGGUUUUAUUAAAAUUUUUUCACAUGUAAGGGAUGAAGGGAAAAUAUCUAGGAAGCUUAUUGAGUGUAUCAACACAUACUUAUUGAAGGAUGGGCCAAAUUUGGGUUCUAAAUCAUUGGAACUUCAUGAAGCAGUACAUCGAUUUGUAUUUCGCUGCUGGUUUGCAACUCAUGAUCGAACUCUAAAGGAUGCGCUUGUUUUAUAUGCGAGGUUGCAACUAAGUCUAACUCGGGGUUUGGCCGAUGGGUCUACUUUGCUUAAACAACUUUUGGAUGUUGUUGUUAAAGAGCUUGAUCUGAUGAGUUCAUCUAGCUUGAACAUAACGAGGAGUGAUUUAGUAAGAGAUGAAAAUAUACUAACUAGCUCACAACUGAGAAUGGUGGAGCUUGCAGCCUUUGUCUUUUGCCGGGCAUGCUCAAAUUCAUCAAAAGUGCCAACUGAUGAAAAACGAGCUAGACAGGAGCAUGCUUCUAUCCAGAUAAAAGAGCGUCUCGUUGAAGGAAAAUGGGCAUGGCAUGCUGCAGUUUGUUGUCUUACUCGCAGUUACUCUACUCGUAUGAAGAAGGAUCUCUUUGUGUAUUGGUUUGAAAGCAUAUCUAUCAACUUUGAAAGAAUGAUUAACAAUGUGAAAUUGGACUGUUUUGAUGGUCUUUUUUGGACUUUACGGAGCCUGCUCAGACUUUCUAUGCUGUUGCCUCAUGCUGCUCAUAUUUCAGAUUCCUCAACAAAGUAUCCUUCCACAAGGAAUAAGGUUGAGAAAGGUUGGCAUGUGAUAUGGAGCUGCCUUGUACGCAGUUUGCCUGCACUUGUCAAUAUUACCCCAAUUGUUGAUGCUGCUUUGGUGCUUCUUUGCAACAUAAUGUUGUGUGACACAAAAGAUUCCUAUUUUGUUUCAACUGAGAUAUGGGAUCUUCCAGUUUUUAAACGCUUGCCUUCCAUAUCCAUUUUAUGCUUCGUCUCGUGCUACUUUUCAAGGAGAGUUUCACAAGGAGAUCCUAGAGAUGCUCUACUUCUCAGACGGAACAUGUUGAGAACAAGUUUGGAUUUUCUGAAUUCAAAGGAAUCCUUUCCAUUGAAGGAGCAAUUACUAGCUGCAGUACCAGCAACUGCAUAUUCCCUCUGUGUUGGUUCUGCUCCUUUAAUAACUGAGACUCAAGGAUUUUUACCAAUAUAUGUAUUGGAGGCAAUGGAGGAAGGGACAAAGGAAGUGGAGCAGUCAUAUGAAAAGCUGUACGAGUUUUUUGAUUGUUCGGUUGAAGUUCUUGCAAAGUUUGAGAAUGAUUCUUGUCCAAAGAUCAACUUUGUUGAGAACAAGCAAAUACGUCUCCCCCGGAAACUAAGGGAUCAGCUAGCUGAUGAGUUGGAAAAUUCUGUUCUUGAAUGUAUAAAGGAUAAGAAUGUUAAUCACUUGCUCAUCUCAGAAGUCAUCAAUAUGUGUGCUCUCAUAUCUCAUUUCAUGUACUGGUCAUACUCAACAAGAAUCAGAGAGGACAUCUCCCCUUUCUUUCUCAAAUUGGGAGAAUCCCUGUUGGACUUUCUGGAACAUGCUGUGUCAGCUGUUGAGAAAACAGACAAUGAUACCAUUUCUGGUUGUUUGGGCUUGAACUCGAUUUUCAGUAACAGAGGAUUGACAGUGGCUUCUUUUAAGAGCUUUAUUCGCUCACCUCUCCUUAGCAAGUGGCAAGGUAAAGAAGAUACUACUGCUGGAUUAUAUGCUUGCAUUGUUGAGUCUAUGGAGAGACUUUUGAAAAGCCUGGCAAAGCUGUUUGAAGGAUGUUCAGGAUACAGGAAAAAUCUUCACCCAAAUAUAGUCAUUCCUGGUCAACUGGAGAUCCGCUCCGUUGAUGAUGAUGCCCCCCGAAAUCACAGCAAAAACUUGCUUUCAGACAUGGAGUUGGAUUGGAGUAGUGGAUCUAGUGAUGCCAAUGUUUUAAGCAUUGAUGAUGAUCCUGCUCCAGGAGUUUCCACUUCAUUAGUAAACCAAAAACUUGAUUUCUUAUUAAUGCUGUCAAGUUUUUUCUCAAUUCUACCAUCAGUAACAUGGGAAGUGUUGUAUAAUCUUUUGGAAAAAGAGAGUGAUCCAAAGGUUUAUGGAAAUUUACUUUCUGCUCUCUGUCAACAUCCUCAUUGGUCUUCCAGCAUCCAGCUAUCAAAUCUGGUCAAAUCUUUAGCUGAAUUUUUAAACAUGGGGGACAAUCUUAGGCUCCACUGUUCAUAUAUUCUAGUUGGCAUUUGUAGUUUGGUUGGAAGCCUUUUACUCUUCAAUGAACGUGGGAAGCAUGAUAUUGCUACUAAAUCUUCAAGGGGAACAGUUUCUGAAGAGUGCUUAAUUUCUCUUGGAGAUUUGAUGAAUAAAAUCUUUGAGAAUUGUAUUUUGGAUUGGUGUGAUCGCUCUAAACUUGUGGACUGCAUGUGUAAUUUUGUCUCUCUCAGACCCCAAAUUGCUCAGUCAAUGAUCGAGAAGCUAUUUAUACUACUCCGAGAUCCUGAUUAUCGGGUUAGGUUUUGCCUAGCACGCCGGAUUGGUGUCCUUUUCCAGACAUGGGAUGGCCAUUUUGAGCUUUUUCAAGAUAUUUGUUCAAAUUUUGGUGUGAAGUUAGUUGUUUACUCGAUGGAAAAAGUUGUCAGAGCUCAGGAAGUUUUAGCUGCUGGUCCCCAACCUAGCCCAAUCAUGGAAACUGCUAUAGUAACUCUGAUGCAUCUUGCACUGCACAGUGAAAAGAUAGAGUUACAGGCUGUUUUUGCAAUUUGUGUUGUUGCUGCAAUUGAGCCCUCACAAAGGGAAUUGAUUUGUUGUGCCCUUGAUAGUUUAUCUUCAAAACUGCAGUACAUGAAUAGGGCAAAGUAUAUGGAAGAACUCAUGGGACGCAUAAUCUUUUGUUGGGUUGCAUGUAGUGUAAGCCUAGUUUCCCUUGUUGAGACUAGAGAUCUUUAUGUGGCAAAUAUCGAACCGAAAAACUUCAUUCAAUAUUGUUGCCAGUGGCUCCUUCCUGCUUUGGUCUUGGAGGAAGAAGCUUCAAGCAUAAAGUGGAUUGCUAAGAUUGCUUGCCAGCCUUAUGCUGAUUUAUGUAGAGAUUAUUUUGUGCACAUCUUUUCUAUCUGUAUGGCCUUACACUGCGACAAGAAAGCUAUGCAGCACAAGGGAUCCAGGGCACUAGAAACUUCUAUUCUAAAGUUUGCUGAUAUAUCUGAGCAUGAAAGAGAUGAACUAAUUAAAAAGCGAAUGGUUUCUAUUGUAAAUCACACUUUAUCUUUAGCUUCCAAUGUUAUUGAUCCUCCAUCUCCAUAUUUCUCCAAGGAUACAAUUACAUCAGCAAUACAAAACGUUGUUGAUGGGUUCUUGGAUAGUGAUGAUCCUCCUGAUAGCUGCGCCCUUGUGGACAAGAUUAAUAUUUUUAGAGCUGACAGAGUAUUUAUGUUUAUAGUUGAUAUACAUUACAAAGUUACCUCUGCGGCUCAUCCCCGGCAUAAAUCUAAUCAUUUAGCUGCCAUUGAGUUGCUUGUCAAUCUACUUGGAUAUCGAGCUGCUAUUCCUAGUACCUUCAAUUACCUUUUGAAUUUGAUUUGUCAACUCAUUGAUUGCCAUCCUUUAAUGGAUCAAUGCUGUUGUAUCAUUUCCACAUUAUUGAAGAUAUCAAGGGAAAACCCAUCAAUGGAGACUACACGAGCAUUGGGUGAACAGCUUCAGUUCUUAGUGUCAAAGUUGGUUGCAUGCUGCACUGCUUCUGAAUCUUCAGAAAUUCUCUCUGCCACUGCAUCUUCUCAAGUAGUAUUGUUGCUGCAACAAUUAACAACUGGAUCUGAUUCAUCUCUGUAUGAAUACAUUCAGGAGCUAGAGCCCUUACCUGAACUUGAUAUAUUUAAUGACUUGAGAAGCUUCCACCAGAAAAUAUGUAAAACAUACUCACCAAAAGCUCACUUACUAAGUUUUGUGAAGAGAUCUCAAUAUGUACCCCCGAGAUUACUUCUUUGCACUCUGAAAGCAUUGCAUGCAAGGAUGUUCACAAAGGGGAAGCAUCUAGGAAAGGUGCCUGAUCAGAAAUUUCUCAAUGAUGAAAAUUGGCAUUCAGAUAAUGAAAUUGUUCAGGCUACUUGGGGUCUUAUUCGUAUCUGCAGCUUGGACAACACAGAUCAUUUAGGGGCUUUGAUCUCUGAUUUUAUAUCUAGGGUUGGGAUUAGUGAUCCCCAUCGUGUUGUUUUUCAUCUUCCUGGGAGCAAGGCUGCCAGUGCUGCAGAUUCGCACACACAUUUGGUUUCUGGAAUAUCCAAUGAAGUUCUUGCUGUUCUUAUGAGGCUUUUAAAGAAAUAUUUAAUGGAUGAUUCGGUUGACUUGAUUGACAUGGCCUCACAAGCUUUACGGGGAAUUCUUUCAACUGAGAAGGGUCAACAAUCUUUGCUACAGUUGGAUUCCUACGAAAGGUCCCUCAUUGAGGUUCACUCAAAGGGUGCUAGUUUGGAAGUGGUUCAAAGUUUGAUUGCAAAUCUACAAAAGAAAUACAGUGCCAAAGCAAUUUCCAUUGAGGACGCAGCUGUGUGGACUACUGUUGACAAAGCAUUUGAUGCUUGGAUUUGUCCACUUGUAUAUGCCUUGAUAGGAUUUUGUGAUGAUCCUAUUCUUAGACUGUGCCAAGAUAUUGUGCUGGAAAAAUCUGAAGUUGCCGAAUUGUUGUUCUCAAAUGUCUUUGUUAAUAUAGCUGGAAAACAGGAUUCAGAUGGUCUCUGUAAAGUAAUCUCAUUGAAGGUACAAGAGAGUGUACUGGUCGAGUCCAAUACAUUGACCAAAUCGGUUCAAGUAUUUUUGAGUGCGUUAAAUGAACUCCGACUCUGUUAUGUGAUGGAAAGAAUGGAAUCUUCUGCUGCACUUCAUAAGAUGAAAAGUUCAAAUACAAAGCAUAAUAAAUCUCAUGGCUUUGGAACACGUUCUGCAUCAGCAAAAUCAAGGGAUCUUGAGUCACCUUCUAGUUCAAUGCCAUCAACAUUACUGUGGGAAAAGGUUUAUUGGCUUGCUGUGGAUUACCUUGUAGUUGCGAAGUCUGCAAUUGAUUGCGGAUCGUACUUCACUGCUUUUCUUUACGUGGAGCACUGGUGUGAAGAGCAUUUUAAUAGUCUCACCUUGGGUAGCCCUGAUUUUUCUCAUCAUGACACGCUGCCAUCCCAUGCUGAAAUACUCAUGUUGGCAGUCACCCAAAUUAAUGAACCUGACAGUCUGUAUGGUAUCAUUCAAUCUCAUAAGCUUACAUCUCAGAUUGUGACUUUUGAACAUGAGGGUAAUUGGAGUAAGGCGCUUGAAUACUAUGAUUUGGAAGUGCGCUCUAACACCAUGACACAAGUAGGCGGUUCCACCUGUUCAUCUAUUGAGAGUUCGCAACAAGCAAAUCAUACAUCCUUCCAUGACGCAGAUCAUGAUGUGAUACGGAAGAAGCCUUACAAAGGACUAAUUAGAUCUUUGCAGCAAAUUGGAUGCACCCAUGUUUUGGAUGUGUAUUGUCAAGGUCUAUCUUCUCAGAGGGGGCAGUUUCAACAUGAUUUAGAAUUUAAUGAGUUACAGUUUGAAGCUGCCUGGCGGGCAGGAAACUGGGAUUUUUGUUCGCUUUAUUCUAGCGUUGAUGCACCAAUUGUGAAUGAAUUCGGAAAUGGACAUCAUUUCAAUGAAAAUUUGCACAGCUGUUUGAGAGCCCUUCAAGAAGGAGACUUAUAUGAAUUUCACACAGCACUGAAUGACUCAAAGCAGGCUCUUUUGACUUCCAUUUGCCAUGCAAGCAAGGAAAGUACUGAGUACAUAUACUCAACGGUAGUUAAACUUCAGAUCUUCUAUCAUCUUGGAAUGGCAUGGGAUUUACGGUGGAGUACAUCUUGCGACAAUUUUGAUUCGUCUUGCAGACAUGAUCUGUUAGCAGAGCCUGUUGUCCCAUCCUCUGACAAGUUGCAGUGGUUGCAUGCAAACUGGAUCUCAAUUUUGAAGCAAACCGAUUUACAUAUGAAUUUGUUGGAACCGUUCAUAGCAUUUAGAAGAGUCCUUCUUCAGGUUCUGAAUUCCAUGGACAGUAAAGUGCGUUAUUUAUGGGAAUCAGCGUCAAUUCUUCGCAAGGGUUCAAGGAUUUCACAGGCUGCUGCAGCACUCCAUGAAUUUAAGUUCCUGUGCUCUGAUAUGGGAGAAGAAUAUUCCAAGUUGUACUGGCUGGGAAGACUCGAAGAAGCUAAGCUUCUUCGUGCCCAGGGUCAACAUGAGAUGGCAAUCAACCUUGCAGAUUACAUAUCACAAAAUCAUCAGGUGCAGGAAGAGGCACCUGAUGUAUUUCGCUUAGUUGGAAAGUGGCUAGCAGAAACUCGAUCGAGCAAUUCCAGGACCAUAUUAGACAAGUACCUGAAACAUGCUGUUAAUCUAGCUGAGGGAUACAAGGCCACAGACAAGGUUUCUGUGGAAAAAAGAAACCAAAUGCAUUUUCAUCUUGCACACUAUGCAGAUGCUCUGUUUCGUAGUCAGGAAGAAAGACUUAGCUCCAACGAAUGGCAAGUAGCAAUGCGACUACGUAAACACAAAAAAAAGGAGCUAGAAGCACUGUUCAAACGUUAUAAGCGUAUGGCAAAGGGAGAUAAAACUGAUUAUUCUUUUAAAAUACAAGAGCUGCAAAAACAACUUUCUAUUGACAGAGUCGAAGAAGAGAAGUUACAGGAAGACCGGGACCAUUUUCUGAGUACAGCGCUAAAGGGAUACAAGCAAUGUUUGAUUCUUGGAGAGAAAUAUGAUGUUCAAGCGGUAUUUCGACUUGUUUCCCUAUGGUUCAGUCUUUCCACAAGACAGAUUGUUGUGGAUAGCAUGCUUAACACUGUCCAGGAGGUGCAAUCUUACAAGUUUAUACUUUUGGUAUAUCAAAUUGCAUCACGGAUGGGUAGCACAAAAGAGUCAGAUGGACCUACAAGCUUUCAGUACGCAUUGCUUUCUCUUCUCAAGAAGAUGGCACUUGACCAUCCUUAUCAUACAAUAUUCCAGCUGCUAGCUCUUGCAAAUGGUGACCGUAUCAAGGACAAACAACGUAGUAGAAACUCUUUUGUGGUGGACAUGGAUAAGAAGAUUGCUGCAGAAGAUCUAUUAAGAGAGCUAUCAGCUCACCAUGGAUCAAUUAUCAAACAGAUGAAGCAAUUGGUGGAGAUAUACAUAAAGCUUGCAGAAAUGGAAACAAAGAAAGAGGAUACAAACAAACGAGUAACACUACCAAGAGAACUCCGUAGUGUUAGAGAACUUGAGCUUGUCCCUGUCAUAACAUCAAAUAUUCCCAUUGACCGAACUUGUCAAUAUCCUGAAGGAUUUUUCCCCCACUUCAAAGGGUUGGGAGAUUCUGUCACUAUUAUGAAUGGUAUAAAUGCCCCAAAGGUGGUGGAGUGCACGGGUUCUGAUGGUAACAAAUACCGACAACUUGCAAAAUCUGGCAAUGAUGACCUGAGACAAGAUGCUGUGAUGGAACAGUUUUUUGGUUUAGUUAACACUUUCUUGCAGAACAAUCGUGAUACAUGGCGGAGGAGACUUAGGAUACGAACAUAUAAGGUUGUUCCAUUCACUCCUUGUGCUGGUGUUCUGGAAUGGGUAAAUGGAACUUUCCCACUUGGUGAAUACCUUAUUGGAAGUUCAAGAAAUGGAGGUGCUCAUGGACGAUACGGAGUUGGAGACUGGACAUUUAUGGAAUGCAGGCAAAAGAUGGCUGCAGAGGCCAAUAAACUCAAGGCAUUCCAGGAGGUCUGCCAGAAGUUCAGGCCAGUGAUGCAUCACUUCUUUCUGGAGAGAUUCUCAGAUCCUGCUGAUUGGUUUGACAAGAGACUUGCAUACACAAGAAGUGUGGCAGCUAGUUCAAUGGUGGGUUACAUUGUUGGAUUAGGAGAUCGACACUCCAUGAAUAUUUUGAUAGAUCAAGCUACUGCAGAAGUUGUUCAUAUCGAUCUAGGAGUUGCAUUUGACCAGGGCUUGAUGCUGAAAACACCUGAAAGGGUACCAUUUAGGCUAACCCGGGACAUCAUAGAUGGUAUGGGUGUAACUGGUGUCGAAGGUGUUUUCAGAAGAUGUUGUGAGGCAACUCUUUCUGUGAUGCGAGCAAAUAAAGAAGCAUUACUUACAAUUAUUGAGGUUUUUAUCCAUGAUCCUUUAUAUAAGUGGGCUUUAUCGCCUCUCAAGGCCAUGCAACGUCAAAAGGAUAUUGACGACGACUUGUAUGCCAGUUUAGAAGACUCGGAAGAAGAUGGGUAUGAAGGUAAUAAAGAUGCAACAAGAGCAUUGCUGCGCAUCAAGCAAAAGCUAGAUGGGUAUGAAGAUGGCGAAAUGAGAAGUGUCCAUGGCCAGGUUCAGCAACUGAUACAAGAUGCCAUUGAUCCCGAUCGGUUGUGCCAACUGUUCCCUGGUUGGGGAGCAUGGUUGUGAGUGAGAUAACACUUCAGUGGAGUCCACCCGCUUGAAAGUCUGCUCCAUAUUGUGAGUGAUUUUGUCUUUUUUCAUGUGAUGUUGUGUUUAUGUAUAUAUUCAUAUUCACACACGCGCGUGUGUAUAUAUAUAUAUAUAUAUACAUUCUGUUAUACUUGAAUAUUGUUGUUCUCCUAUUCAAUCGAUUUAAAGUUAUUUAUUACUUAUUCCAUAAAAAUUUUUUUAAAAAAA